AUGGUGAAUAAAGCAAUUAUCUUAUACCUUCUGGGAGUCGGGACCACUCUUGUCAGCGCAACAGAGAGUACCGUGACCGUCACGACAACCAAGACGGAAACAGUCACCGCUUGUGCCUCGUCCUGCUAUUCAGUCUUGACUAGCUGCACUUCGACUGUGUCUUUGACUUCGUCCACCUUGGCUACUACAUCCACUGAAACCACGUCUACCGCUGCUACUUCCACUCAGAGCCCCAUCUCUUCUGCAAAAAGUUCCUCUCAGUCAACCUACUCUGUUCCAUCGAUAACUUUGAGCACGUAUCAAACCAGCACAGCGACAGCUUCAAUUGAAACUUCCCAAUCUACCACUUCUACCGCUUCCGUGAUUACUGAUAGCCUUGUCUCGACUCAGCUUUCCAGCACUUCCACCAGUUCUGGCACCACUUCAACGUCAUUAGAGACUAAGUCGUCCACGGAAAGCAUUGUUUCUUUAUCUACAGCCACUGCAUCCGCUACUUCUAGUGUAGAGUCAAGCCAGCUCCCCGAUACUUCUACCCUCUCUAUUACAAAGUCAUGCUCUCAUCCCUAUGGCUGUGAAUCUUCCACCAGCACCGGGAGCACAGAAUCGUCUGCUCUUGCUGGCACUGCAUCGUCUACUGUACCAUAUUCCACUUCUGCUUCUUCCUCAUCUACGACCUCAUCUUCUAGUCGAGAGACCACUUUCGUGUUCCCAACUACAACUCAGGAACGAGCUCCUCCGGAAUCAUCCGAGAGCACAACAGAGACGACGUUAGAGUCUACCCUUACUCAGACUGUAACCUUUACGAAAAGUUCGCAAUCUCAAGUCUCGAGCGAAUCCUCGACAAAGACUUCUGCCAAAGCAUCUUCUAAGUCUACGACAGGCUACAGUACUGAAUCUGCCACUGGUGCUUCCAUCCUCUACCGAAACUGGUUCCAAGUCCACUACAGAGAGUGGCUACUCCACCGGUUCCCUUACAGAAUCUACAACCGAAUCCUCCUCAACAACAACCGCCACAACAUCUUCACAAACCGCAUCCACAACGCCCUCAAGCUCACAAUCCACUACUCCAACAAAUACCUCCACCAAAUACACCUCCACCCCAUCCGAAACCCUCUCAUCUUCAUCAAUCGCCACAAGCUCAGGCUCGACAGCUUCCUCCGCUUUAGCCGCCACCACCACGAAGAACAGCUACAGCUCCCUAUACACGCCUUGUUCAGAAUCAACUCUGAGCCAUUCUCGCGUCUAUACACUCACCAAUUCUUCUACUUUUGCAACAAGCUCUUACCCGAGCACCGGAAUGGGAUACUCUACCACUCGGCCGUAUACGUCUAG